AUGGCAUUGAACCCAGAGAAGAUCCGGCAGCGAUUCGAGAAGGCCGUAGACCUCGUGCAGAAGACCCAAGCUGGUAACGUUGCGUUUGAGAACAACUGUGAGCAGGCGUUCGGAGAGUUCAGAAUAGCCACGCUGCACAGCAAGAGGGUGCCUCAUCUGCUGGAUGAUGUCACACUGAAGGAUGAUCGUGUCGAUGAAGUAGUGGAUAUACUACUGGGCUCACAACCAUGGAUGGAGGCGUUUGCUAAGAAUCCUCAACUAGUGCGGAGCAGAAGUCGACUCCCUGAAGAGAUACGCCCUGCAUUCGACAAUCGAUUACAGGACUUCGUUGAACUCGAUGAUGUUCGCCAAUAUCGACUUCUACUCGAGGAGACUACAGAGAAUGGACUGCUAGAAAUGGCUGUAAAGGCCUUCAACAAGCAGUACUGUGGCACAACUCUAUCGAUAUCAGACGCUGACAAGUAUAACUGUGUUGUCCUACCGUCCGCUUCCUACGACAAGGCCGAGGAGCAUCUUAAGAAGAGCAAGGACGUCCUUCUGCUGGGAAGGCUCCCAGAGAGCACACUGCAGUUGGAGACUCUGGCCAGGUUCGCAGAAGAGUACCCUAAACCCAAACUGGUGGCCUCGUACCCCGAAGAUGCUAUCCACUCCUUGCAGCCUAUCGCGAAUAUAAAGUCCCUCUUUAUAUCCUUCGGACCGACUGUGAGCAAAUUGCAAAGCCUGAGGAUCAUCAAGAAGAUCACUGCCAAUGGUGCCGUGUCUCAAUCCUCUAUAGUGGGCUCAGAGGAGGCCAAGACAGUAGCAUGUACUCUGUCGAGCGGCGCAGCUGUCUGUGCACGAUGGACCCCCUCGAAUAAGGAUCUAUUCUGUAGUGGUGAUGCUGUUACUGAUAACGCUGUGGUUCCGAUACGAUUGGUGAAGCAAGACCCUGUGAGCAUCCUUACGAGAACGCUGGCUAGGAUGUGCGAUAUGGAAAAGGAGGCAGAGUCAUUCAACUGGCAAGCUGAAGCUGCCCUCGCAAAAUCGAUCGAGAAGGAUGUGCCGUUCUUAGUGUGA